AUGCGAUUGGUGCCAGCUCUUGGGCAGAUGACGCUGAGCAAUGGAAGACGAUGCCAGCGGCCUGUGAGAGCAGAAGCCGUGGUGGAGCUCAGCGACAGCAAAUCAGAGGUUGGGUUCUUUAUCCGCUUGGUGCCGGCAGAGGGCGUUUUUGACGAAAGCUGUCCCAAACUUGAUGAGCUCGGCCAGCCGCGCUUUCUCGUUGUGAGCUUCACAGCCGAGAUGUCGAUGGUUUCCAGGGUGCACAGCGACACUCUUCGGACCCUGGUGGUGGGGCCAGGCCUUCGUGACGAGCAGGCGGUCGGCAUCGGCCUCACAUUCGAUGUUGCGGGUAACAUCUGUCUCUAUGCGGAUUCGCGGCAGCUGCUUACUCUCGACAUUGGCUGGGGCUUCCGGGCAGAGUUGACAAUCUGGUCAAUGCGGCUAAGAGGAAAGAGCGGCUUUGGAAGCCUCCAGAUAGAGGAUGCAGAGGCAACGCUUUGUGAACACCUCGGCGAUGCAGUCCUACGCUCCCGGCAUCUGGGUCACGCUGAAGGCGUUCUGCUGCUGAACCAGAGGUCGCUCUGCAGACCUCUGGGAGAUUUGGGCCUCUGUGGCUGUGCCAAUCAAGCCGGCAAGGGUCCGUACUGUCCGUCGUCCCCUCACUCCCCACCAGAUCUGGAUGCGAAGGAGCGCGCUGAUGCAACUCGUCUCUGCGGCAAGACUCCCGAGGUGCUGAUCGGCUGGCGAGUCAAGGUUCAGGGCAUCGGAGAGGGUAUCGUCACCGCUAUCCGAAAGAGGCACUUCCGUCCGACACUCUUCCAGAUUUCAGGUCUGCUGUCAGACCAGCUUGAUGGCUUUUCGCCCCCUGCGAAGCUGCGCGAAGUUCCACUGCGAAGGCAGGCGCCCUUGCUUCCUUGCUGCGCGGGGUACCACUUUGAGCUCAUGCGAAAGGAGAUCUUUUUUGAGAAAGCCGUUUGCGUUUGA